AUGGGCAUUCUGGAGCCGGGAUGUACGCAGGACAUUACCUUCACAUACUUUGGAAUGAAGAAUCAGAAGUUCGAUGUCGCAGCUGUGUGUCAAACCGAAGGUGGCCCCGAGUAUGAGGUGGCGCUCAAGGGCCAGGCCUCGAAGCUCGACUUUGUACUGGACAAGACGGAGCUGGACUUCGGUGAAGUGCCCUACACCGAGGUUCAGGAGAGGGAAGUGCUGCUCGUGAACACUGGCAAGGUGGCGUUUCAAUACAGCUGGAACCUUUGUGCUUUGUCCAGACCAUCAGUUCUUGACUGUUGGCCCAUUGCUGGAGAGAUCAAGGCUGGUGAUAAGGAGAGAAUCACAAUCCGAUUCCGAGCAGGCAUCCCGGAAGAGGUCUCAGAGGUGGCCUUGUUGGAGGUGGCUCACUUCGAGCGCCAGCGCAUCCAUGUGCGAGGCCAUGGCAUCUUCCCUGGCAUUCUUUUGAUGCAGGGCGGAGGUGGACGGGGCGAUCAUGGCUUCAAAGGGUUGGAGCGCUGGGAAGAGGAAGCGCACCAGACCAACAAAGAGCUUGCCUUGCAACGGCUACUGACCAAUGGCCCACCGCCUUUGGCCGCGUGUGUCUCCAACAGCACUAACAGCAGCAUGCAGAUCAGCGUCCAAAGCGGACAGGAGGUUUCGACCAGUGAGCAAUGGCAGCCAGAACCACAACUCAUCGAGUUCGAGGCUGUGGACCGACACUACAUUUGUCAGACCCUCUUGUCCCAAGAGAAGGACUUGUGGCAAAAACACUUGGAAAAGUAUGCUGGAAAGGACCUUUGCCAACACUUUGUGAUCUCGGUCUACAACUGUUUCCAUGAGAAUGUGAACUUCAACAUCAGCCGAAAAGUCUUGAUGCAGUAUGGCUUUCAGAUCAGCCCAGAGAAGGUGAGCAAAGUCUUGCCAGGGAAAAAGGUGAAGUUGGAGCUUACUUGCUUCAGGGACAGGAGUGGUGAGGAGGGCAAACAAGAAACAACUUGGAUCAUCCCAGUUCGUGGUGGGCCUUUCUAUGAGGUGAAACUGGUGAGCGAGUUCGUACGCCCCGACUUGGAGCUCUCAUCCGAUUCCAUCGACUUUGGCCACGUGCCAGUUGGCCAGGUGAAGAGGAUCACCAUCAAGCAGCUCGGCUGCAGAGUCCAGCUGUCAAAACAAAGUUUCGCUGAUUUUCUUGGUACUUUGAUGUACUUUGUAUGGUUUCGUGUAGCUUUGUGUGGCCCAGGCUCCGCAAUGAUUGCACCGGGCGAUAUUCAAUUUGUGACGGUGAGUUUUACUCCCACGGCGGCCAGUUAUUUCAAUCAGAAGUUGGCCUUGAGGAUCAUGGACAAUCCCAACAGAAAACAACUGCACAUGCGUGGACACGGUGAUGGUUUGCGAGUGGACGUUGAGCCGUCAAGCUUUCGUUUGGGACCUGUGCUUCCAGGGACUGAGAACUGCAUCCAAGAGCUCUUCCUGUGCAACCCCACAGAGUACACCAUUGAGGUCUAUAGUACUGAUUUCGACUCCAAGUACAAGGAGGAGGAGUAUUUUCUCCAAGUGUAUGACCAGUAUGAGAACGAUCGUAUGGAGCUCCCACUUCGGCCGCCGGGUGCUCCGACAUGGCCAAAGGUGGCGAAGCAUGGACGCAAAGUUCGGAGAGAGGAGUUGAUCAGGCAGCGCGAGAUCAAGGUGCAACAGAGGGUAGAAGCUCGACAACAGGCAGCAGAACGUGUUGAGAUGGCGAAGAAGCUGGCAGAAGUGGCAGAUGAAGAGGCUCAGGAGAGGAAAGCGAACGCCGACCUCAAGGAGGCAGAAGCAGCACUGGCGGAGAUCGAUGCACUACCAGAGGAAGAGCCCGUGGAAGAGGACGCCUCUCGCACCAUCUCGCACCAGGGCACGUUUCGGGGAAAAGCAUAG